AUGUGGAUCUGUAAAUUGCCGUAUUAUCAUAUCUUCAUUUUACCAGAAGGUCCGUGUUCUCUUUGCCCACAUUCUGCCAAACCAUUGACAUCGCAAAUGUAACGGAGUCCCUUGUAUCGCGGAUCUGAAAUCCUCGGGCUUUUUAGAUCUUCCUGAGGAAACCUCGUGUUGAUUUCUUAGGGAACUGUCCCUUGGCAUGUUUGAUAAAAGAAUGUAGCAUCUGGUAUUGAAAUACUCCGAAAACAGUUUCAACGUACGCGCAAAUGGCCUCUCCUACUCUGCCCACCAACAUGAUCCACAAAAUCGGAGAGAGCGUUCGGCUACUCUUAGAUCGAUGCUCUGUCGAUAUGCAGACACAGCGCGUCAUUCCAUUCGACGACGAACUAUUUUCACUAGCAUGCGAUGAAGUAGCCCGCCAGGCUCUUAUCCUCGACACGGAAACCUCCAAAUCAUUUACGCCAUACAUUAAACACGGCACCGACACUGUCACCACUUGUUACAACCAUAUCCAAGGCGUCAAGUGCCGCAUCUACAUCGUCCUCUACAUUGCCUGCUUUUUCUACUUUGACGACAAGUUCAUCCCGGAAUAUUCUGACUCUGAUAAUGUCGCACAGGAUCUUUUUGCUUGUAUGAUGGGAAAGGCGUCCCCGGCUGAUCCUUUGCAACAGCUCUUCUGUUACCUGAUGACAGAGGCCCCGAAAUGCUUCCCUAAUCACCCUGCAUCGAACGUCGUUAUAACGGGCACAUUGAAUUUUGUGACCGCUGCGAGUCUGGACUAUCGCACACAAGGCAUGAAGAUGCCAGCCUCGGCUAAAAGAUACACGACAUUCACAAGAAACAUCUCUGGUAUUGCAGACGUUAUGGGAGUGUUCAUAUUUCCAACUUCGGUGCCGGUGACUGCAUAUAUUGCGGCCCUUCCCGAUCUAAUGGUUUUCAUGUUGUCCUCCAAUGACGUUCUUUCUUUCUACAAGGAAGAAUUGGCAGGGGAAGAACUGAACCGAGUUUCUCUUCUUGCUUUAUGCGACCAAUCUAAGAAGACGGACGUCCUGAGACGGCUCGUUGAUUCUACUAUCGACGCUCACAACAAUAUUUUGGAUAUCCUUAAACCUAAUGAGGAGGCGUUGGACGCGUACUUGAGCUUCAGUGAUGGGUACAUCUGGGCUCAUGCCGGACUUUCUAGAUACCGUCUGAAAGAAUUGGGUAUCUUCCCAGAGUAGACUGUAGUUUGGCUUCCGGUAUACCUUGGGUAUAUUACAUCCGAUAUAGAUGUGUAGAGCAGCUAUUGAAGACUGACUUGAUGACUUCUCGUCGCUGCCUUGGGUCUGAGCUAAUUUCGUAUCUCUUUGGAUAGACUCAAAAGCCUGUCGCAUCAAGUUGUAUUACUUUUAGUAGAUAUCAAAUUAUUCAUAGGAGG